AUGGCUUUUCGACUUGUACCUGCACUUCUUUUUGCUGGCUCUGCUAUCGCCCAAUCUGUCGGGAUGUGGGGACAGUGUGGAGGUAUCAACUACAAUGGGUCCAAAAUUUGCGUUUCAGGAGCUGUGUGUACCUAUGUCAACGAUUGGUACAGUCAGUGCCUACCUGGGACGGCGACGUCCACUACAACACGAACCAGCAGUUCUACGACGCUAACACCGUCGAGCUCUAGCUCUAGCAUCCAGGCAACCACCACGACUCAGAGCUCUCAAACUUCAACGUCCCCCCAACCCUCUGGCUCUUGCACCCCCCUCUCCGGCAAUCCUACAUCGUCCACGAUUCCAAAACUCCCCGACCCAUUCCAACGAGCCUCUGGAUCUCGAGUCACAACCAAGGCUGAAUGGCAAUGCCGACGCGAGGAGAUCAGUCAACUCAUGCAGACGAACGAGCUUGGAACAAAACCUCCCAAGCCUUCCUCUGUCACCGGCUCUAUGAGCGGUAACACCUUGACUAUCAACGUUUCCGAGGCCGGCAAAUCCAUCUCGUUCUCCAUCAGCAUUUCCUACCCUUCCUCUGGCACCGCGCCCUACCCUGCCAUUAUUGCGUACGGCGCCAUGAGUAUCCCGACGCCCGCUGGCGUCGCUGUCAUCACCUUCAACAACGAUGAUAUUGCCGCCCAGCAAAAUAGCGGUAGUCGUGGCUCUGGCAAGUUUUACACCCUCUACGGGAGCAACCACAGUGCGGGUGCCCUCAUCGCCUGGGCGUGGGGGGUGAGCAGAAUUAUUGACGCCAUCGAGACCACUACCAACGUGCGUAUCAAUCCAGCAAAGAUUGGCGUCACUGGAUGCUCUCGAAACGGCAAAGGCGCCAUCGUCGCCGGUGCAUUUGAUACCCGCGUCGCGCUCACUAUUCCCCAAGAAUCUGGAUCUGGUGGCUCGGCGUGCUGGCGUCUCUCUGAUGCACAGAAAAGCAGCGGUCAGAAUGUUCAGACGGCGUCCCAGAUUAUCACAGAGAAUGUCUGGUUCUCCAAGUCGUUUGACCCCUUUGUCAACUCGGUCACUCGCCUGCCAUUCGACCACCAUCUGCUCGCUGGUAUGGUCGCGCCACGGGGACUACUGGUCAUUGAGAACACGUCCAUGGAGUGGCUGGGCAACAUGAGUUGCUUUGGCUGCAUGAAGGCAGGUCAAACGAUCUACCAAGCCCUCGGUGUGCAGUCAAAUAUGGGCUUUUCCCAAGUCGGGAACCACAACCACUGCUCGUUCCCGUCUUCUCAACAGACCGAGCUCACCGCGUUUGUCCAACGCUUCUUGUUCGACCAGUCGUCGGCCAACACUGCCAUCUUCAAGACGGACGGGAACCUCAACUUUGACCAAGCCGGGUGGAUGCCGUGGUCUGUUCCUACGCUCUCUUAG